AUGAGCAGCCCAGAACCACCACAGUCUGCAGCGAGAGUCCUGGCUAUUCCCGAACUUCUAUCCAAUAUCGGAGGUCAGAUUACCAACAAGAAGGCACUCUACAACCUCUGUCUUACGUCCAAGGCGUUUAAUCAGGCUUUUUCGCCUUUCUUGUAUGCAGCCGUCAGAGUCGUCGAGCCGAAGUGGGACACGAGAUUCGCGACAGGGCGUCGGACCGCUUGGUUCGGUUCAAUUCGAUCCUUGUGCAUUGUCGCACCAUAUUCAGGCGGGACGGUCCUCGAGGUCAGUAUCGCCAAUGAUACAGCCCGGUCGGUUUUCCAAGUGGCGCAUGGCCUUGAACAGUUUCGUACCAUUUCGGCGCUUUUUGAGAAUUGCCGCAAACUAUCCGCUGUUUCCAUCACCUUUGCCCAUCAUACUGGGUCUCCAGAUUCCGAGGUCGACGUCCACGGGGCUGAUGUGGAGCUGUCGACCGGACUCUCGAACCUAGAGAAUUUAAAACAACUUACCUUGGAGGAACUAUACGGAGACAUAUACACCUGGAGACACCAAAUUGUCGAUGUUCUUUGCCAGUCACCAGAACUGGAGCACUUGGCACUUUCCCUUUCCGAUCCGGCAUUGGAGCGGGCUUAUUGGGAUGAGCAAGCGAGGGGCGUAGAGACGUCCCUAUGGAAGUACUUUGACGAACUAUGCGUUGCUUACCAUGAAAAAGCUCAAAGUCCGCUUCGGCUGAAAUCGUUGCAGUGCGGCACGGCAGUGUUGCCAUUUGAGGCCUGCGCAUUGAGGGCGCUGACGGAUCUGAACACACUUGAAGCUGUCUAUAUUCACAACAUGGACGUCAUAUGCGACGAGCAGGACAUCGUGGUUCUGUACAGGUAUGGUCACGAAUCCGGUAUCGCUUGGGAAGGUUUUAGCCCAAACUCCGCACCGAAUCUUCGCCGGUUCAGCGUCUACCAGUGUGAAUAUGACGUUCGAGAUUUCCUGUUGAGGGAAUGGUCUGAACUUGGAAGCCAACUUGCGUUGUCAUUUUCCGCCGACAGGUACCCUGACCCUGAUGAUGGCGGAAUUCUCCGUGAAGCGGACGAGGGUGAAACCUUGCGUCAGUUGUGGAAGAUUUCACCAAGGAUGUACGACCUGGAACUAGAAUAUCGUUCAUCAGACCCGGAGGCCGCAAUUACCCCAGCCGAGAAGAUUCUUGCGGAUGCGAAGGGGGAAUAUAUUGCUGCGGAGCCAAUGCUGGAAAUAGUGGUGGCGUACGGCAGAGACACUCUAGAGGGCCUCACCGUACGUGUGGAGUGGAGGGGCUACUUGAACCGGGAGAAUAGCGAGCCGUUACAGCAUUGGACUCCUCUUCUUGGCGCGAUCAGACGGUUAAACCGCCUUACGCAACUGGACGUCGGCACGGGUGGGGUGAGCGGUAUGUCGGCGGAGGAGGAGCGGGACGUUCUCAAGCGGGCGCCUGAGGAAUUGGCGACUGCGGGCCCUGCGCUAUGCUAUGUUGGAAUAGACGGCAGAUAUUGGCGGGUCUUCAGACGGGAUGGCGAGGUGGCGGAUUUGGAGGAGCUGGAUGACGCGGAGGCACGACACGUGGAGAUCUUUAGACACGCUUUGUAUCCCGAGAUGAAGGCAGAUUUCUAUUGA